GUGGACUGAGUGCCCGCCCCCUCCAUGUGGGGUCCGUCUGCGGCUGCAGUCAGGGGUACUUGGACGGGUAUCGAUCUGCCUCCGCCAUGGUAAACACAGUUUAGCUAAGCUAAGCGGAAGAGCAGUUACCCUACUCCGCGAGCUUUUUCCGGUCUUCAAUUGUUCCGUGACAUAGGCCCUGCAACUUCAACUUCUUGCGCAUGGCGCAUGGAGAGCUUUGCAAGAAGAAUGAAGAAAUUACGAUCUCACCACCAAAUGUGUGAAAAUAGAUAUGCUACAGCCCAGGUGGACUUGUCUCAUGAGACAGUGUUAUGCAGCCGCUGUGGAACCAUUGCAGAACACAACCCCACAUCAACACCACUAACAUCAAUUGAAGACAAAGACCACCACUCCUCAUUAACACCCCUAACAUCAAUUGAAGACAAAGACCACCACUCCUCAUCAACACCACUAACAUCAAUUGAAGACAAAGACCACCACUCCUCAUCGACACAACUAACAUCAAUUGAAGACAAAGACCCCCACUCCUCAUCAACACCACCAACAUCAAGUGAAGAUGAAGACUACCACCCCUCAUCAACAUCUCCAACAUCAAGUGAAGACCAAGACUACCACUCCUCAUCAACACCACCAACAUCAAGUGAAGAUGAAGACUACCACCCCUCAUCAACGCCACCAACAUCAAGUGAAGAUGAAGACUACCACCCCUCAAUACCAUCGUCCACUGAAAGAGAGAGUGUCUCAGAGAAAGACCAUAUUCACUCUUCAUUGAAGGAACAUGAGAUCCUGGAAGCUGAGACAAUAGCAAAUUCAGAAUUAAAAGGAAAAAGGAAGCUGCAAGGUGAUAAAAAGAGGCCACAAGUUACUAUUCAAACAAGCCAAAAGAAAACUGAUGGUACAAGGGCCUGGGAUAAAGCCCAUUACUGUUUGUAUUGUACAAAGUCCAAUUUGAAGAUGGCCAGACAUUUACAAAGAAAACACAGUAAUGAAACUGAUGUUGCCCGUGCCUUUAGUUUCCGACCUGGCUCCAAACAAAGGAAGACACUCUUGGAAUCCCUUCGCAAUAAGGGAGACUGGCAACAUAAUAUUAAGGUCUUAGAAGAAGGAAAUGGGGAGAUAGUAACAUGGAGACAGCCCACUGAGAAGGCUUCUGUACAGGACUACCUACCAUGCGAACACUGUUAUGCAAUGUUCAAGAGGACUGAACUCUGGAGACAUGGGAGGUCAUGUGGAGAAAGGAAUCGGGAACUGGAGAAAGGCAAAAGAAGAAGAGUACAAAAAGCUUCCUCGCAACUUCUUCCAAUCAUGGAAUCAGCAGGUGGAGUUCAAAAGGUUAUUCAUACUAUGUUGCAAGAUGAUGUAACCUCUCACAUCAGAAGUGAUGAGAUGAUAUGCAAGUAUGGAGAUGCAUUAUUUGCAAGAAAGGGCCGUGAACAAUCUCAACAUAGAUACAUCGCACAAAAGAUGAGAGAACUGGGAUGGUUUGUGUUGGCUGCAAAGAAGAUUGACAAGAGUGUGAAAAGUCUUAAAGAUAUAUGUGAUCCAACAAAGUUUGACCUGGCAGUAAAGGCAGCCAGGAGGGUGUCAAACUACAACACAGAAACCAACGAAUAUGGAAAGCCAUCUACUGCUGUUAAAAUUGGAUUUUCUCUCAAAGGGGCAACAGAAACCUGGAUUGGACAUUGUUUGAUGACGUCGGAUGUUUUAACUGAGAAGAGGGCCAAGAAGUUUAAGCAGCUGCUAGAUGGCUCUUGGUCCAGUUUCGUGUCAACCAAUGCUCACAGCACAAUGGAACAACGGAGGUGGAACAAAGAAGACAGUGUACCUUUGACAAAGGCCGUUGUUACUCUACAGAAUUACCUGAGGAAAAUUGAGGAUGAGGCAAAGGUGGAGUUGAAAGGGUGUGCGAGCAACACCACCACACACAAAAAGUUAACGGAGAGCCUUCUCGCACAAAUAAUAGUAUUUAACAAGAAGCGUGAAGGAGAAGCAUCACGCUUAACCUUGGAGACAUAUCUAAAAGCCGACACCGGCCCUGUGAAUGAGGACAUAUAUGAAACCCUAUCAGCAGUGGAAAAACAACUGAGCCACAGGCUGACUCGGAUAGUGACACGUGGAAAGAGAGGUAGAAAAGUGCCCAUUCUCCUUCUUGAUCGCACAAAAACCUCUCUCGACUUCAUGAUUGAAAAACGGAAGGAAGUUGGCGUAAUUGAUGACAACCCAUUUCUGUUUGCCAGGAUCGGAACAGAAACCAAUAUUCGUGGAUGUGACUGCCUUCGGAAAUAUGCCAAAGAGAGCAAGGCAAGCCACCCAGAACUCCUUAGGUCAACCAAACUAAGAAAGCAUGUUGCUACCUUAUGCCAGCUCCUGGACCUUGAUAAUCAAGAGCUGGAACAAGUAGCUCGUUUUAUGGGACAUGACAUAAGAGUCCAUUGCGAUUAUUACCGCCAAACUGACAAAACAUUUCAGGUAGCCAAGAUUGGGAAACUACUGUUUGCAAUGGAGCAUGGAGCAGGGGCGCUUAAAGGGAAGAAUCUGAAGACACUGGACUCAGUUGUCUUUGGACAUGAAGCCACCUCAACCAAAGGCUUGAGAGGAGUCAAAGAGAGAGGGACAUCAAAUGUAGACAGACGACUGGAAGCUAAUGAUGAUGGAGAACAGCCACACCUGUCAACCACAAGCCCACCUGUCAAGAGGCCAACGAAGACUGCAACUAAAAGACUUGAAAAUGAUGGGGAUGGAGAGGUGCGACAAAAGACCGCCAGAAGACCACCUAUUAAGAGACAAAAGAAGACUGCAGCUAAAGGACAGGAUGAUGGGAGUGAUGAUGAUGGAGAUGGAGAACAGCCACACCUGUCAACCACAAGCUCACCUGUCAAGAGGCCAAAGAAGACUGCAACUAAAAGAAGGCAUGAUGAGAGUGAUGAGGAGAGUGAUGAUGAUGGGUGUACACUCUUGGAAUCCCUUCGCAAUAAGGGAGACUGGCAACAUAAUAUUAAGGUCUUAGAAGAAGGAAAUGGGGAGAUAGUAACAUGGAGACAGCCCACUGAGAAGGCUUCUGUACAGGACUACCUACCAUGCGAACACUGUUAUGCAAUGUUCAAGAGGACUGAACUCUGGAGACAUGGGAGGUCAUGUGGAGAAAGGAAUCGGGAAACGGAGAAAGGCAAAAGAAGAAGAGUACAAAAAGCUUCCUCACACCUUCUUCCAAUCAUGGAAUCAGCAGGUGGAGUUCAAAAGGUUAUUCAUACUAUGUUGCAAGAUGAUGUAACCUCUCACAUCAGAAGUGAUGAGAUGAUAUGCAAGUAUGGAGAUGCAUUAUUUGCAAGAAAGGGCCGUGAACAAUCUCAACAUAGAUACAUCGCACAAAAGAUGAGAGAACUGGGAUGGUUGUUGUUGGCUGCAAAGAAGAUUGACAAGAGUGUGAAAAGUCUUAAAGAUAUAUGUGAUCCAACAAAGUUUGAACUGGCAGUAAAAGCAGCCAGGAGGGUGUCAAACUACAACGCAGAAACCAACGAAUAUGGAAAGCCAUCUACUGCUGUCAAAAUUGGAUUUUCUCUCAAAGGGGCAACAGAAGCCUGGAUUGGACAUUGUUUGAUGACAUCGGAUGUUUUAACUGAGAAGAGGGCCAAGAAGUUUAAGCAGCUGCUAGAUAGCUCUUGGUCCACUUUCGUGUCAACCAAUGCUCACAGCACAAUGGAACAACGGAGGUGGAACAAAGAAGACAGUGUACCUUUGACAAAGGCCGUUGUUACUCUGCAGAACUACCUGAGGAAAAUUGAGGAUGAGGCAAAGGUGGAGUUGAAAGAGUGUGCGAGCAACACCACAGCAUACAAAAAGUUAACUGAGAGCCUUCUCGCACAAAUAAUAGUAUUUAACAAGAAGCGUGAAGGAGAAGCAUCACGCUUAACCUUGGAGACAUAUCUAAAAGCCGACACCAGCCCUGUGAAUGAGGACAUAUAUGAAACCCUAUCAGCAGUGGAAAAACAACUGAGCCACAGGCUGACUCGGAUAGUGACACGUGGAAAGAGAGGUAGAAAAGUGCCCAUUCUCCUUCUUGAUCGCACAAAAACCUCUCUCGACUUCAUGAUUGAAAAACGGAAGGAAGUUGGCGUAAUUGAUGACAACCCAUUUCUGUUUGCCAGGAUCGGAACAGAAACCAAUAUUCGUGGAUGUGACUGCCUUCGGAAAUAUGCCAAAGAGAGCAAGGCAAGCCACCCAGAACUCCUUAGGUCAACCAAACUAAGAAAGCAUGUUGCUACCUUAUGCCAGCUCCUGGACCUUGAUAAUCAAGAGCUGGAACAAGUAGCUCGUUUUAUGGGACAUGACAUAAGAGUCCAUUGCGAUUAUUACCGCCAAACUGACAAAACAUUUCAGGUAGCCAAGAUUGGGAAACUACUGUUUGCAAUGGAGCAUGGAGCAGGGGCGCUUAAAGGGAAGAAUCUGAAGACACUGGACUCAGUUGUCUUUGGACAUGAAGCCACCUCAACCAAAGGCUUGAGAGGAGUCAAAGAGAGAGGGACAUCAAAUGUAGACAGACGACUGGAAGCUAAUGAUGAUGGAGAACAGCCACACCUGUCAACCACAAGCCCACCUGUCAAGAGGCCAACGAAGACUGCAACUAAAAGACAUGAUGAUGAUGGGAGUUAUGACUAUGGGGAUGGAGAGGUGCGACAACAGACCGCCAGAAGACCACCUAUUAAGAGACAAAAGAAGACUGCAGCUAAAGGACAGGAUGAUGGGAGUGAUGAUGAUGGAGAUGGAGAACAGCCACACCUGUCAACCACAAGCCCACCUGUCAAGAGGCCAACGAAGACUGCAACUAAAAGAAGGUAUGAUGAGAGUGAUGAUGAGAGUGAUGAUGAGAGUGAUGAUGAUGGGUGUGGAGAGAAGCGACCCUCGACCGCAACAAGACCACCUGUUGAGAGGAGAAAGAAGACUAAACAAAACUAUGAUGAAGAUUAUGAUUGGGCUUUCUCAGAUGGAGAGGAGCUACACAUCACAACACCCCCUGUUGAGGGGCGAAAGAAGACUGCAACUAACAGAGGACGUAAUGAUGAUGAUGCUCCAAAAACACAAUUAAAGAGACCCUGGACUGACCAGGAGAGGACUGCAGUCGGGCGAAGUAUGGCAAAGUUCAUCUCGCUAAGGAGGGUGCCAGCAAAGACAGACUGCAUGCUUUGUAUUGAGAAAGAGACUCCAGUCCUUAGCAAUCGAACAUGGAAAGAUGUUAAAUAUUAUGUCCACAAUGCAAUACUUAAAAUCAAGAGAAAGCUUGCAUUUUAAAGGAGACCUGUUAUGUUCAGUGUUAGCCAUGUUCUGUUGCUGAGCCUACAAGCAAGGCAGCACAGCCAUUAGGAGGAGGUAGGGUGAAUGGGAAAGAGGGAUGGAGGGAUAGAAGAAGCAGGGAAUUGGGAUGAGAGGAAGA